AUGGGUGGUUCCACUAUGAAAACGGCUAAAGUGUGGAAAUAUUUCAUCCAGUUACCGAGCGAAGAACAAGCUGCUGAGUGCAGGAUAUGUUGUAAGAGGAUUAAAGCAACGAAUAGCAGUACGACAGGUAUGAUCCGCCAUUUGCGUAGCUGUCAUUCCAGUGAAUACCAAGUGUUACAGGCAGCACGACAAAACAAUUCAACUGCAAAGCAAGAAAACGAAGCUCUGAAUAUCAGGCAGAAUAAUUCCGCGAAAAAAUCGAAAGAUAGGACAAGCCAUUCGGUGGCUAACAUUAUCGCCACUACGUUCGAUAUAAGGCGCAGGCAUUUGGAAAACAGCAUUCGCUAUAUGUAUACCGAUAACGGUUCUGCACAAAAGAAAACAAAAUUUGAUGAAUGUUGCAAUGCCGUUGAUUUGCGAGUGGGACCGAGAAACAAAACAAAUCGCAAAGAACAAAUGGAAAAGACUAGGAUAAUGAAAGGGAAUUUCUGGCCGGACGAUCAUCCGGAUGCACGGAGAAUUUCGGAUCAGAUUGGAAUAAUGCUACUUCUGGAUAACGAAUCACCAACAAUUAUUAGCCGUACUGGCUUCCGGAAUUUGCUUCGCUUUCUUCAACCUAGAUAUCAACUUCCGUCGACGGAGCAGUUCCACAAAGUGAUCUUGCCAAGACUAAUUGACCAGCUGAGAUUUGAUGCUGUUUCUUUGCAGCAAACUGGCUUCAUUAGCAAUCAGCAAAGCGACUUGAAUGCGCGGUUGAGCAGUUUAACUACAAUAUUACUGUCGAAGGAGUAUGGUGCUGGAAAUUCUAUUUCCAAUGAAAAUAAUCAUGAACUUGCAGCUUUUAGUUCUAUCUAUAGUGAGCAGAAAGAGCUGGAACGCGUGGUAAUUAAUUCAAUUCGUUCUGCACAGAACAUAUCGCAGAGUUUUUCGCACAGUAUUCAACUGUGUGACGAAGAUACUGAUUCAAGCGUAGAAUUUGAAACAACGUUGUCUGCUCGCAUUGAUUCCUUUAUGAAACGUAUUGGGGAAUGUAUCUUUCCUCAAGCGGAGUUAACGGAUCUUGUAACACGAUGCUAUUAUGCAUGUCGCCAUUUGGAAGAGCUUUCAGAUAAUGGACAGCAUCAGUCACGGUUGGAUAUUCAAUCGUCUUUGCGAAGCUCAGAUUUAGCAAAUUGUGUAGAAUACGUUUAUAAAAAUUUAGAGCGAAUUCAUGAAGAGCAUAAACGUUCUCCCAUACCAAUGUUCAAACCUUUCACGGAUGACGAGACUCAGUUUCUGUCUGAUCUCAACAUGCACAUUCACUCUAUGUAUUUGCACUCGUAA